UUGAUUAAGAAAAAAGGAGCUAAUAAUAAGACAAUGUAAAACAAAUCUGCAAUACAAGUAAAAGUCCUGCGUUCAAAGCACAAAAGUGUUAUCAUUAACAUUAGUAUUGUUAGCAACAAAAAGUAUUCAUUAUUCAGAAUGAGUUGUUUAUAUUGAUGGGUUAUUAUUACAGAUGCAUUAACAAGCAGCAUUUUAAUGUUGCUGGUCCUGGUGGGUUGUUUGAUCAAAACAAUUCAUUGUAACUUAUCAGUUGCUCAUAUAUUAUAUUAUAUUAACAGCAUGAAGUGGAGUUAAAAUGUUUGGCUCUGAAAUGUAGUGUAGAGUUGAACAAAAAAAAAAAGAUAACACUCAAGUAAAGAAUCUCAGUAUCUCAGCUACAACUUACUUUCCACCACUGCUGUGUUGUAUUGGGACAUAUUCAUGAACUGGUUGUCAUGGGAAAUUUGGGAAACACUUGUUAGUCAUGACUGAUUUUGUGCAUUGAAAGGUAGAGAUAACUUUUUCCUCAUCAAACUAUUGAAAUUCAAAGCCUGUUCGUAGGAGGUUUUGGGAAACCAAGCCUCGCGUGCCACUGUAGGUGCAUCCAUCUCAAAGUUUACCCAACAAGCAGGUGGAAGGGGGCACCGUGGGCGCAGAGCAGGCUGAAGGAUCCAAUUCUUGCAGCCUCCUCUCUUUGGCCCCGAGCUGCCCUCUCCGCUCGCCCCCCAUUAUUUGUCCCGACGGCCGAGCGCGCGGCCCCAAUGAAUCCUUUGGAACGGAACGAAAAGAAGGAGCGAAUUGCAGCUGUGACGUGGGCGUUGUUGUUCCAUUCACCGCGUUCGCCAUGGCAACGGGGCAGAGGCCCUGGAAGCACGCGGCCCCUCUCUCGAGACGGCGUCCUGAGGGCAGAGAGGCAGCUGGAAGUUUCUCCUCACGAUCACUGCUCACUGUUUCAUGGCGCAAAAUAUCCAAACUAUUCCACGUUAAACGCAUGAAAACCGGAUCAAACCAACGCUUAGCACUUUUGAGAAUUUGGACCCUGAAAGUUAUACGGUCACUACAUCGAUAAAUGUGCCAAUCCUGUGUAUCUUAUGCAACUUUUACGCAUAGUUUUGACGCACGAAACCGAUAGAUGUGACCCACUGACCCAGAUCAAGGUUCAUAAACUACUUUCAAACAUAAAGAAAAACGCUUUUUUUUCCUUUUUCUUAAAGCUGAUCUUGUUGUCUUUUCUGUGUUUACACUCGGCAGCCAGAUUUCUCCCUCCACUUUGUACUCUUGCAUGCUGCAGGACUGCUAGUAUUGUUGGGCAGAGUGAUUGGGGUUUCUGUACAAUCUCCCGUGACCAAUGAGCGGGGUGCUGUCAGGGGUAACCACAUCUGUCAACCGUUCUUGGCCAAUAAAGAGCGGAGCGAGGCGGACCACAGGUGCGCGCCUCUGCGUCCCCUUGGCACAGCGCCCGGGAGAUGCUGGAGAGAGACGCCUUGCUGCCCCGUGGCGCAAAAGAGUUACUGUCAAAGGCAGCCUCCUUUUAACUCCAGCUAUCACUCUGGCUCCGAUAGUUAUGGCGACCGCAACGUCCAACCACUACAGCGUCCUCACCACCCCCAGCAGCGCGCCGCCGCCGCACUCGGAGUCCGGGAGCAUGCAGCAGGCGGCAGCGUACAGGGACGCGCACACCCUGCUCCAGAACGACUAUAGCACGUUACCGGGCGGUGGACAUCCGCUCAGCCACGCGCACCAGUGGAUAACGGCGCUGUCUCACGGUGACAGCGGGGCGCCCUGGCCAUCUAGUCCCCUCGGAGAACAGGACGUGAAGCCCGUACUGCACGACAGUGACCGAGAAGAGCUGCAGAACUCCAGCAGUCUGCAGCAACAGCAGCAGCAGCAGCAACAGCGACACCCUCACCUAGCGCACCAGCAGGCGCAUCACGACGCCAGAGCAUGGCGAACCAGCACAGCUACCACGCACAUCCCCGGUAUGGCGACAUCUGAGGGCCAGAGCCUGGUGUAUUCCCAGUCCGGUUUCGGUCUGAUGCCGGGGGGAGAGCAAGGGGGGAUGCACCACCACCCCCUGCGGGAUGAGGACCACCACAGCCACAGCCCGCACCUCAGUGAACACGGAGGCGGCCCUGGGGCCCACCAGCAGUCUCUCUCACACCACCAGCACGGGGGCCAUCAGGACCAGUCAGACGAGGACACACCGACCUCCGACGAGUUGGAGCAGUUCGCCAAGCAGUUUAAACAGCGGCGCAUCAAGCUGGGCUUCACCCAGGCGGAUGUGGGACUGGCUCUUGGGACGCUGUAUGGAAACGUCUUUUCUCAGACCACCAUUUGCAGGUUCGAGGCUCUUCAACUCAGCUUCAAAAACAUGUGUAAACUCAAGCCCUUGUUGAACAAGUGGCUGGAGGAGGCGGACUCCACCUCGGGGAGCCCCACUAGCCUGGAUAAAAUCGCGGCACAGGGAAGAAAAAGAAAAAAGAGGACCUCCAUCGAGGUGGGCGUCAAAGGGGCUCUGGAGAGCCAUUUUCUCAAAUGUCCAAAACCAGGAGCAGCGGAGAUCAACUCCCUAGCGGACAGCCUGCAGCUGGAGAAGGAGGUGGUGAGGGUUUGGUUUUGUAACCGGCGGCAGAAAGAGAAGAGGAUGACACCCGCGGGGGGACAGAUACCAGGAGGAGAGGACAUGUACGGGGACACCCCUCCUCACCACGGUGGACAAACUCCUGUGCAGUGACCUCAGUCCGUUAUCCUGAGCAAAACACGGACCCCUCACGGAGGUAUAAUUCCUUCCUUGUUUGUUUGAUUCUCUGUGCUGGACCGCUCGGAACUGGACCUCAGCCAGUUUAAAUGUUGGACCCACGGACACACACAGUGGGGAUAUACAGUGGCACUCAAGCACUAAAAAUACGCAUAGCAGAGAGCCGUAUGGAGAGCAUUCAUGCCGCGGAACUGCCGAGCAUAUUGGGAUACGGCUGGUGUGUGCUAACCAAAAAACACGUCCGACAUUGAUACGAAAUGCUUUUCUAAACCUUCUACCAAGGCGCCAGUGUGUCAUUAUGUCAUGUGUCAUUAAAGAAAGGCAAAAGUGUGAUGUGGACACGAGGUGUCCGCAGGGGGAACAUCUAAAAACAAGCUUCGGGCAUGAUGUUAAGUCGCAGUCAGUGUGGGUAAAUAAACGCCAUCUUUCCAUCAUAACAAAAGCAACAGGGGUUCUUCGAAGCUUGUGGCAAGAGAGGGCUGAAAUGGCCUGCUGUACACCUGCUGUACAAUGUUAAAAAUAAAAGCCAAUACCAGUCUAUUAUUAUUAUUAUUAUUAUUUUUAUUAUUAUUAUUAUUGUUAUUAUGUGCUAUUUGAUCAAUUUAAAUUUAAUCUGAUAUAUUGACUGUCUAGUGUCAAAUGCACUCAGUAUUUAUAUAUAAAUAUACAAUAAAUUGAAAAUUUCUCUUGCUUGCUAAAACUUCUUACAUUACAGUCCUUCCCAAAUAAUAACAAUAAUGCUAAUAAUUAUGCUAAUAAUGAUAACGAUAAUAAUAAUGAUGAUAAUAAUAAUAAUAAUAAUAAUAAUAAUAAUGAUGAUGAUAAUGAUAAUAAUGUUUCCAUAGAGACUGGGUAUUGGUUGACUUUAAUGCUUUUCUUUCUGUGCAGACAUUUCUGGGCGCCUGUUUACAGUGUUUUGCUGUUUAUUAUGUUAUUUCUGUACUUUUCCAAAAUGCUGUGACGAGAAAGACCGAGACUGUCCGGCUGGAACACUCAAAGCAAUCCAGCCCAUUUUGCCUUCCUUUCCUAAGAAGAAAAAAAAACCCACAAAAACAAAACAAAAACAAAAAAAACAACAAAAAAAACAAAACAAAAAAACUGAAUAUAUCUUGGUACCAGCUCUGGCCGCAGUGGCUAUACUACUAAUGUAUGACUCAUUCAUUCACUGAGAAGACUAUUUGUGGGAUGUAUCUCCAUUCGUUUUUGUAUGGCUUCGUUUGUUUGUUUGUUUGUAUGUUUGUUUGUUUGUUUGUUUGUUCCGUUCUCUCUGUCAGUCUGUGCCAAAGCACAAACACAGACACGUGUUCUUGUGCCACUUUAAUCCUGUGACUAAUAACCUGAUCUGAUGGUGAGGUUUGUGAGGGAAAAUUCACCAGUAGUUGGAGAUUUAUUCUCUGACUGAAAUUUUAAGAAAAAUAUAUUAAUUCAGAAACACAAAUCCAACUGAAGGGUGUAGGUGGAUGAGGAGAAAAUAUAAUAUUUGAGCAGAUCCAUAAUAUAAAUUUUAGAGGAUUUCCAUGAGGCGUUUUGCAUUUGAAAAACUUUCUGAAUAGGCCCAGUGAACAAUGUCAAACCAAACGCUCCACUUCCUUUUUUAAUCCUUCGCCAAUCAAUCAAAAUUAAACAUAGCAAUAUUUUUACGUAAUUUUUACGCAUUUUCCGUAUUGAAGAAUAUAUUACAUAAUAAUUUGAUUUAAAUAAGGCCUGAGAUUCCUCUAAUGCAAAAAGACUAUUGUAAGUCUGACUACAUCACUUUAAUCCUUCAGCUGAAUUUGAGUUUCUGAGGUGGAAAGAAAAAAAAAAAACAACAAAACCAAAACAAAAUAGCAUUGACCUGAAAUCUGUGAUCAAACGAAGAGGGAAAAAAGAAAUCAACGAUUGCACAAUUUCUAUAUGCUUUUUGUCAUUAAAUCGUAUUUGUUUUCUACAA